UAACUUCCGUCGUGAUCGACAGAAAUGGUCUUGCUAACGGAGAUGCGGCCAUUCUUGGGCUCGCUGCAGAGUCUGAGAGGUAUAAGGGCAACAUCGUCAACGAGAAUAAUCACAAGAUCCUUGAGCCAACAGCCGGCUACACCAAGCUUACAGAGUUUUGCUAGACUGCCAACCCCCAAAGCAAGCAUACAGAGCCAAAUAGCAGGCAAGGACAAGGUUGCACCCCGCUCAAUGUUGAGACUAUUCUCAACUUCAUUCCCACGUCAAGUACAACCUGCUGCUGCCUCUCCCACAACGAGCCAAUCAGAGUCUUCCUCCUCGGAAAGUACUACUUCUUCGAAUUCGGUCGCCUAUCAUUUAUUCUUUUGUGCUGGUUUGGUGUAUCUCAUCAUCGUCGUUGGUGGUUUGACCCGACUUACAGAAUCCGGCUUGAGUAUCACCGAAUGGAACCCUGGUUUCAAAGGAAUGAGCUUGCCAUGGACAGAUGCGGAGUGGGACGCGGAAUGGGAAAAGUACAAACAAACACCUGAAUGGGCAAUUUUGAAUAGACAUAUGACUGUUGAAGAUUUCAAGAAGAUUUACAUGUGGGAAUGGUCUCAUAGAAUCAUUGGAAGAUUUAUCGGUGUUGCUUUUCUCUUGCCGACUGUAUACUUUUUAGCCCGUGGAAAGGUGGCUAAAGGUACCAAAUGGAAAUUACUGGCAAUCGCAUUGGGUAUCGGCUUUCAAGGUGCUCUUGGUUGGUUUAUGGUAAAGAGUGGAUUAACGGCACCCGAAUCUACACCUCCAGUCAUUGCUCAACAACAUCCGAAUACCACCGUUUCAGCAGGAGCAAAGGAAUUGCGCUUGGACGGAAGUGUAAGUCAAGAUUCUCAAUCUAGUGCGUCUUCCGACUGGCAUCCUCGUGUUUCCCAUUUCCGCUUAGCAGCUCAUCUCGGAACAGCAUUUUUGGUGUAUAUGGGUAUGUUGCAUACCGGAAUGUCGAUUUUGCGGGAUAAUAAACUGGUCAACGGAAAAGGCAAAGCAGCAGGUUGGAUGAUGAACGUUGGUGAAAAUGUGCAAAAGUUGGUCAGCGCAAUGCAAAAUCCACGUAUCAAUCGAUUCAGAAACGUUUCUCGUGGUAUGCUAUGUUUGGCAUUCAUUACAUCCAUGUCUGGUGCACUUGUGGCCGGUCUUGAUGCAGGUUUGGUGUACAAUGAAUUCCCCUACAUGGGCGAAGGAAUUGUACCCCCGAAAGAAGAGUUAUUGGAGCAAAAGUAUGCAUGGCAUGGAAAGAACGAUAAAGAUGAGGCAGGAUUGGUGUUUGGUAAUAUGACUCAAAAUCCCGUUACUGUACAGCUCAUGCACCGUACUCUAGCCGUCACAACGCUUAUUAGUGCUAUUGGAUUGGGCUUCUAUGCUCGUAGGGUAUCCCGUUCAAUGAUUACCUCUGUGAAGAUGCCUCCUGCCAUCCCUCGUGUUGCAUCUCUCGUUUCAUUGGCUGCAAUCACGCAAGCAUCUUUGGGAAUUUCAACGCUGAUCUACCUCGUUCCGAUCGAAUUGGCAAGCGCACAUCAAGCAGGAAGUGUUGCUUUAUUGACAGCCAUAACAGCAUUGCUUGCUGUAUUACGUUCGCCAAACAAACGUAUCUUACAAAAAUUGGCAAAUCAGUCAUCUCCAAUUGCCCGUCAAGCAAUCAUUGCUCGCGCUUUGCAAAAAGUGUCCAAGUGAUGUGAGCAGUAGCUAUACUUUCUCGUUAAUUUUCUCACCACCACUUCUUUGCAAUGUAUACUAUACACACACCCGGAAUGAAUAUUAAUACGAUUUCAUUGAGUCUC